AAUUAAUGAAAAAUAACUGUCUUUAGUUCCAACCAUAAAUUAAAUUGAAAUGUUUGUCAGUUUUUUAUUUUUUAAAUUAUUAAAAUAACUAAGUUUUAUAUUUCGACUUAAUUAAAUAUGCAAUUGCUUAGCUAAUAGUAUAUAUAAUAAAUUGUUUCUACAGGUUCAAAAUGAAAAAUGAAUAUUUAGAAAUAUUUAAUUACGACAAUGCUAUUUGUGUUAGUAUCAGUGGCUUGUUACUCAACGACUUUGCUAGUACUUUUUGAAACAUAAAGUUAGUUUUCAAUUAACACUUAUACUAGAGGCGGAAUUAUAAAUGCAAAAUAAUUGAUAAUACUAAUUUAUAAGUUCCUAAUUAUUAGUAUCUUAAAAAAUAUAUUUAUACAAAAAUCACGAUAAUCAUGAAAAUGGGGAAAUCCUAUAUUCUCGAAUCAAUUCACAAUUUAUUUUGUAUAUUAAUUAGAUUCAGCGCUCAUCAGUACGUACUCACUGGCGACAUCGAGAAAAUGUAUCGGCAAUUCCUCGUACGACCAGAGGAUCGGAAAUAUCAAAGGAUAUUAUGGCGCAGCGCGAGUGGAGAAACAGAAACAUAUGAGCUUAACACCGUAAUACUCUUAUCAUAGAAAUAGAAGCAGUCCUCAAUUCCCGCCCGCUAACUCCUAUCUCCACCGAUCCAAAUGAUCUCCUAGCCCUCACUCCCGGACAUUUCCUCAUUGGCGAUUCAUUAAUGUGCUUACGUGAUCGAGAUUUCAGAGACAUUCCAUCGAACCGACUCUCCAAAUGGCAGCAUAUCCAACAGCUUAAACAACAUUUUUGGAACCGCUGGCAUAAGGAGUAUUUGAACGAGCUAACCAACCGCAAUAAAUGGAGCAAGGGUGGACACAGCAUCCAAAAGGGCACAAUCGUCAUCCUCAGAGAGGACAAUGUUCCCUCCAUGCAUUGGCCUCUGGGCCGAGUUAUCAAGGUUCAUCCAGGCGCCGAUGGUGUCAUCCGGACAGCUACAGUUCAGACGGCAAAGAGCAUUUUGGAUCGGGGCGUCAAAAGGCUUGUCCCACUGCCAAUUCAACCCGAUGUCGAGAAACCCGAACAACUAGCCACCGAGACGAAAUAAGAUGGGAACUUCAACCACACCUCGCUAGUUUGAUCGGUACCCUCUCAACGGGGGGGAAUGUUACGCCAUGCGGCUUACCAUAGGUCAUAUUCUUAACUAUCGAUCGCGGCACUAUAAUGUCGCAGACGGAUCGUCGCGUCUGCCCGACAAACAAACAUUGUAGUGGCAAGCGCAUGGUUCAUUAAGCAGGGCGACUUCCAGAAACGUCGACUCGUGGCCCGUAUUUUACCUCGCAGUAAAAGAAUGUGGCGUGAUCCGAACGUAGUGGGGGUCGCCUUCCAGAAAAAACGAAAAAAAUUGAAAGGCGUUCAGAACUUUUCGAGAAGUCGAACCGUCAACACAUGUGGCACUUGGCCAUGGAUCGCUGCAUUAGGUUUUCAUAAUCCCCGAAACCCAGACAAACCACUAUGGAAGUGCGGAGGUUCCCUGAUAUCGGCUAGGCAUGUUUUGACCGCAGCACAUUGUGCACAUAUGGAUGGAAUAGAAAACAUACACAAUCAUAAUAUUGCCAUUCUUAGAUUGGUGGAGGAGGUGCCAUUUUCGAGGUACUAAAAAAAGGAUAAUAAAAAAAAUAGGUACUCUAACGAAAUAGUAAAUAUAAAGAGUACAACAUAACCUAUAAUUUCAUAAUUCGACUAUGAAUAAACUAUGAAGAACCAAUUAACCAAAAGUGACUCGCAAAUUAAUUAAUAAAUCACGACAUAAUACUAUAUUCAAUUAGGAUAACCUACAAUUCGACAAUUUAAUCAAAUCUCGUAAUAACAUCAUGAAUAAUUCAAGGAAAAGGCAAAAGGAAUGGAACGAUAGGAAUACACACCUUUAUAACAAACAGAAAAUAUCAAGCAUUUAAAUAUACAGCAAAUAUGGACAUACAAAACCACAAUAAACAAAAUAUAUCUUAUAUACAACUAGAUAUAAAAUAUAUAAAACACCUAGGCAUAUUAAGGCACAUAAACCAGGAAUUUUGUCAAAAUCCGCACACGAAACGUCAAGAUUGAAGUAAAAGGGAUUCCACGAACAAUACACCUGAACAAGUUAAAACUAACACAUAAUCGAAACAGACCAUCAGAACGAUUUCAAGAGGCACCGUAGUACGGUGGUAUAUGGAACAACACUGCUUGUCGAACACUGCAGAUAGUGGUAACCUAGAAGGAAAAAGGAAAGUUACUAUGCGUGCUCUAACUGUUACUUAAAUAUAAAAUGUGUCAUUCAAUAAAAUAAUUACAAAA